AUGGAUCUGUAUACCCUUCCCAAUAUCACUGAACCUCAGCCUACGGCUUCCUUCCUGUCCUUACCUUCAAUUCUCUUUUUCAUCAGUCUGACGGUUUUCUUGGUCGGUCUUGUCCACUGGUGCAUUCAAGACUAUCGUUUGUUCAAAGCUCUCGGUCCUGGCGGUCCACCCUACAAUGUCUUCGGCUGGAUAAAAGUCUCAAUCAUCAUCAGACCUUUCACACUCGCUGAUCACGAAACGACACGGACUGAAGACUACCCGGAUGCUGGAGCUCACGAGGAGAUACUGGCACUACCUGAGCGCAAAGGGGAGCGACCAGUCAUCGUUGGAAUCGCUCCACAAAGACAAUUCAGUCAGUGUCCGGGACCAGAAAUGAACACGCGUGUAUUAUCUCUCUUCUCGUCAGCUGUUACCAACAAUCCUAAGCUGUUGCAAAAAAGGGUAUCCGGGGUUGAAAAGCAUCAUUCUGCACUUUUCGUUCACCCAAGCCUUCUUUCCAAGCCAGAAAAUCUCUCGGACACGGCCCGGAUUUCCAACGGAGAACUUGGCCAUAUCCAUGGUGAUACCUCUCUCCACCUCUACUUUUCACCUCCGGAUGCUCGGGUUAUUAUUGAGAAAGGCUGGGCGCAGCGGCAUCGAUUGGCAAGAACUCAACCAUGGUGGUUUGGCGGCGGCAAGAAUUGGUGGCAAAUUGGAGAAACAUUCUUACUGAUAUACGCUCCUAGGAACGAAUACGAAGUGGAUGUUUUGAGAACGCUGAUCAGAGCGAGUGCGAGGUUCAUGACUGGAGAGGAGGGACUGGUGGAGCCGUAA